UCUCAUAUUAUCGACUAUUAAAAUAAAAAAUAUUCUUCUUAAUUCAGAUUGUAUUGACGAAAUUAAAGCCCGAGGCUUCUCUUUUAUGAGAGCUCUCCUUGUGUGGACGUAAUUCUGUCUGUGUGACUCUGUGCGGCUAUAAAAUGAGUCCCACCGAUGCCAAGCGGGGAGCGAAGCGCAGGAAGAACAAGCGGGGCGGCGCCACCAGCGCUGCAGGAAAGUCCGAGGCUUCAGCAGCGAGCCGGGCUGCUCAGGCCUCUGCUACAGCCGUCUCUGGUCGCAGCUUUUUAUCAGCAGGAGCAACAGGAAACACCGAGCUGGGCUUCAAUGUCGAGGUGCCCUUAAAUGGUACACCCCAGUUUUCUGAAGGCCCAGUGAACUCAGACUUUUCUGGAGUGCUUCAGACGCCGUUCACCUUCGGCCUGAACCAGAGGGCGCCGUACACCACGAGCGAUCGCUGCCUGCUCUGUCGCAGUGAGCGCAAAGACAACGUCUCACAGGAGUCGGCUCCGAACGGCACAGGCCAGUCACCCAAAUCGUCCAGCGCCCUCCAGCUGCCUCUGUAUGUCUGCCCCGACUGCAAACGCACUGUGGAGAAGGACGAACGGCCGCCACCCUCCGACCAAGCCCUGUUGAACCAAGACUUUUUGCUGCGCAUGCCCAUGGGUAACGGUGGGUUAACCCAGGACACAGCGGGCACCAAUGGCAGGCUAAUUGUGGGUGCUCCAACCUUACCUACACCAGACCUCAGCACACCAAUCUCCACAGACACUGUGUGUUGCUGCGAGGCGUGCAACGAGAGGAGAGAGAUGACUGCCGAGUCAGAACGAGAGUCUCAGCAGCUGCAGAAUCACUGGUCCGAGGUGCGCUACCUGGUGCGCUGCAUCUACCGACAGACGGGCACCUCGCUAGCAGAUGACCAGGACCAGCCUCUAAACCGGGACAAGGACAGCAUGAAAGAGCUGGUGGACAGGCUUUGUGAGAAGGACCCGUAUCAACUGUACCAGCGGCUAGAGCAGCAAGCACGCGAAUAUGUCCUGGAAAUGAAGGUUCGGCUACUGAAGCACUUGUCAGCGGGCCCAGAUGGUCUUGGGGCCACUCACGGCCCUCCGCAGGCACACCAGUUUAUCUCACUGCUGCUGGAAGAGUACAGCGCCCUCUGCCAGGCUGCGAGGACCAUCAGCAGCUUCCUGCUCACUCUGGAAAAAGAGCAUCUCAAGAGGUUCCAGGUGACGUGGGAACUACACAACAAGCACCUGUUUGAAAGUUUGGUGUUCUCUGAGCCCAUCCUGCACAGCAGCCUUCCAGCACUGGUUGCGCACCUCAAGCAAGGCACUGCGUCUCAUGACUCGUACAGUGAGGACAUGUACAAGGCGCUGCUGGACAGUUUACAUGCUCUGGAGCUGGAGAUGAAGGUCGUGGCCGUGGAGUGGAUGGAGUGUAGGAAGAGGAUAGACGACUACGUGGACGAGCAGUUGCUGUACAAGGUGGAAGGACAGAACCUGACACAUCAGCGCACAGAGCCUCAUAAAUCUCUAAUCAGUAAAAAUAUGUCCUUAAGAACCAAGCAGAGGCUGCUCAAAGAAGAUGGAGAGAUUUUUAAACAGAGGAGGUUUUUUGAGGAGCAGUUCUUACAGAACAGUAAGAAGUCUCUAGCAGGUGACAGCACCUUCACAGACACGGUCAAGCAGAUGCUGUCCUCUCGACUCAGCAUACCUGACUGUCCCAACUGCAACUAUCGAAGAAGGUGCACCUGUGACGAUUGCAGCCUCUCUCACAUUCUCACGUGUGGCAUUAUGGAUGCCCCUGUCGGUGAGGAGCUGCACAUGAAGUUACCCCUGCAGACAGAUCCUCCUCGAGACUACCUGUCUGGGAUUCAUCCUCCAAGCAUGUCGUCAGGAAGCUCCGGGUCUGGGUCUGGGUCUGGAUCGGCCUCUAGCUCCCCCAUCACAGUUCAGCAGCAUCCGCGCCUCCUCCUGCCUCAGGAUGGGCCUCCGACAUUAGGAAGCGAUGAUGAGGAUGAAGUGCCUCCGUUGUCGUCUAUAUAUCCACUCAGCAGAUAUGAGGAUGCUGGGGUGGUGGCGAGCAUGAACGGUCUCCAUGCUCAGCUUAACGGAGGAGACAACGGCACUCUCAACCAUCAGUCUCUGCAGGGGAGCAGCAGCAGCACCUCUGAGGGAGAUGAUGAGGAACUGGAGGGACUGAGCUGUAAUCGGGCUCCAGGAUCACGGGGGGAGCUCUCUCGAGGGAAGAGAGACAGUCCACCUCCAUCCUACACACACACACAGGUGGAGCAGGUGCAGCGGCCAUGCGAGUGUCACGUGUGUAGCCAGGCCAGCGUGGACGGCGGCACAGCAGGACUGGGCACCGUCGCUCCGCCCACAGGACAUUUGCACCCUGCACCUCAUCAGUUUUUCUCAGAAAAAAGUCCAGCUCACCCAGCGCUCCACCUCUACCCCCACAUCCACGGUCACCUUCCACUGCACAACCUGCCCCAUCUGCCCCGACCACUGCUUCCUGCACUUUACUCCAGUCCUCCCAUCACACACAGCAAGACUUUGCCUCCGGCGCCGCUCUCGAACCACGCAGGGAUGAAGCAGUCGCAGCAGCAGCAGGUGUUCAGCCCGGCUCUGCCUGAUCACAUCUACCAGAGCUGCUUCAGUGGUGGAGCGGGGGACUGGAGCGCCUCUCUGUCCUGUCCAUCGCUCAAAUUUGAAAACCUGUGGGACACGCACAUGAUGAAGAACUGGAAUCCCAGUGUGCUGCUGCAGGAACCACUACCUGGUUUAGACUCGACGUCCCCUGCCGUCGACCCCUCUUCACUCCCUGUUCCUGAUGGCAAGGAAAAAAACCUCCCUCAAAAGAAGAAGUGUCUGUUUAACUACCAAGAUGCCUUCAUGGAGGCGGGUGAGGUGGUGAUGGCAACGUCAUCUGCCAUCUCGUCAGUCUCCAGCACCGCUACCACUGUCCAGUCCAGUAACAAUCACAUCCACACGUCAGCGAAAAGAGCCGCGGCACUAGGUGAAGUUUUCCACAAUAUAGUCAAAGAGGACCAUAUACAGUCCAGCCCCAUCGCUCCUAGAAACAGCCCUACUGGUUUAGCAUCGUUAUCCCCUCUCAGUGGUGCCUCUCACCACAAUCUCACCAAUGCACACCUUCCCAGCAUGGGCCCUCAGUCCUUAGUGAAGAGUACGACUCCUGCCCCAGGGUUUCUAGACAGCCACAAGGGCUUGUGCGUACGCGGCAUGGAUCAGCCACCCAUCCCAGCCGAAGGGCCGGUCAGCGGAGCGAACAGUGUAUGCAGUGAUCCAGACUGCGAGGGGCAUCGAUGCGACGGGAGCGGAGCCUACGAGCACCAGGGCUACGAGGAGAGUCCAGACGAGGACAGCUCCUCCGAGCACAGCUCUUCCACCUCCACAUCCACCAAUCAGAAGGAAGGAAAAUACUGCGACUGCUGCUACUGUGAAUUUUUUGGCCAUGGAGGGCCCCCUGCAGCCCCCACCAGUAGGAACUAUGCUGAGAUGCGGGAGAAGCUCCGGUUGCGGCUCACCAAGCGGAAGGAGGAACAGCCCAAGAAGGAGGAGCUGGAGCGGGAUGGGAUAGAAGACAAUCGCAAGGUGGAGGAUUUACUUCAGUUCAUCAACAGCGGCGCCAAUAAACCAGCCUCCAGCGCCAAAGCAGCCAAGCGUGCCCGCCAUCGACAGAAAAAGAUGGAGGAGAAAGCCCGUAUGGAGGCAGAGGCACGGGAGCGGGAGGCGCAGCAGCUGUUCGAGGCACAGCAGAGGCAAAAAGAGGAAGAAGAGGAGGCACUAAAGCAGGAGCUGCUUCGGCUAAAGGAGUUGCAGCUGUUGCGCUCUUUCUCCUCUAAGAAGAAGAAGAAGGAACACAAGGCCAAAGAGGCUGCCUGUAGUUUAACCAAGGCUGAAACACCUUCUCCAUCCCCCGCUCCCACGAACAACCCUCAGCCACUCCGUCAGAGUGCCCAGAACGUUCUGGAAAACUUGCAGAACGGCAAACGACAGCUGCUACACACCUUUGUCUGCCUCAAAGAGUCCCCCAAGGAGCCACCCAAAGAGCUCGUACCCCCAGCACUGGCCAGAAGCGGACCGUCCAGCCCGAGGCGCGGCAAAGAAAAACCCACCGACGCCCCCCUGGCUUUGCCUAAUGGCACCCUGCCUCAUUCAGAACCCAACAACACCCGGUCAAAAAUCAAACAGCAGCCACCCAGAAUCGAUGGCGAGGCCGGAAAGAGGCCGGCAGACACGCCUCGAAAACAAGAACCCACUUCAAAAUCAAGCAAUACACCAACAGCAAACACUGAAGCCAAGCCCAAAGCCAGGCCUGCCGAGGAGCAGCUCACUGAAGCCAAAAAAGAGGAGAGGACGAUCGGGAAGAAACAGCAAAACGGGCUGAAGGAGGAGAGGAUCUCUCCAGUGAGGAACACUCCGGUCGUGGAGCAGAACGGGAAAGCAGCGCCAGUCGAGUCCCCCCAGCCCAAAAGCAAAGCCAAGAAGAGUAAGAAGAAGAAGGCAGAUAAGAUGAAUAAUUCUAUAGACGACGUGUUUCUGCCCAAAGACAUCGACCUGGACAGCGUUGAUAUGGACGAGACGGAGCGGGAGGUGGAAUACUUUAAAAGGUUCUGCUUGGAUUCUGCCCGACUGACCAGACAGCGACUGUCCAUCAACUGGUCCAACUUCAGCUUGAAAAAAGCUACGUUUGCUGCUCACUAGCCAGGAAGGAAGGUUCUUCCCUGGAAGAGACGAUCAGGAUUCAAUCAGCCACCUUCUCUCUCUAGCCCUCCUUUUCCACCCCUUUCACCAGGCUGACUGCUGAUCCCAGUGCUGCUAUUGCUCCAGCCAGCUGCUCCUCUGGCCUACAUUACCCAUAAUGCCUUGCCUUGUCCUUGUCGCUGAUGGUUCUUUAGGAGAACCAAACACUCAGCUUUGCAGUUUCUAAAGAGAAGAAAAUGGGCAAAGAUGGUAAGGGAUAAAAAAAAAAAAAAAGCAACCAGAAAUGCCACUCUGUGAUUUUUGUUUCUUUUUCUUUUUUUUCAUUUUCACUUGUAGCUGGACUUCCCAGCUUGGAAAACUCUCCAAGUUAGAAUGAAGGCUGCUGAGCAGGAAAAAAAAAGCUGAAGUCAAUUUAAAAGCUAAAAAAGAAACUUCUUUUCCCAGUAUCUGUGGCUUCGAACAGUGCACUUCAUUACAGUUAGCUGAGAAGGGAACGGGGACUCAGGCAUUUCAGCUGCCCACCCAUGGCCACUUGCUUCACACAAAAGAUGGAUUAUACUUGACCGAUUUAUUCUUGUUGGGUUUUUCAGUUCCAGUUAACAGCAGUUUAAAGUGUUCGUUUUUUUUCUUUUUCUUUUUCUUUUUCUUCGACUUGUAGCCAGCUUGUAUCAGACUACUUUCAGAAUCGAAUUGAAAGAAAAGAACAAUACUCACACGAUCGAUCUGUUCUAGAGUGUAUAAUGUAUUAACACUGAAGCCUGACUGGCUACCUUUUAACAUAUUGUUAAGUAAUAUUAAAAUCUUGUCUUUCUUUUUUGAAAGAUGGAAUACAGUGGAA